CUCAAUCUCAUCAUCAUCUUUAAAGACCGCCAUUUUUCAAUUUCAAAAUUUGCCCAUUUCGUUUCUCCCUCAAAACCAACCUUCUCCUCCAUCUUCAUUUCUUCACGCGCAGAGACACCGCCAUCAAUAACCCCAGCCAUUUUGAAGAUAAUAGAUAUGCCGGAAUCAAGAGACAGAUUGUCAAGACCCCUUGACAUUGCAGCAAUAUUUGCUCGUCGGCGAGCUAAUAUUUCUGGCAUUCUCGAUGACGAGUUAGAGUCAGCUUUAUUCGGACCCAUCGUAAGACGACAGACCUCUACCUCGACGAAUAACGGCAGUGGAAGGGGCCGUUUCGGGUCCCCAAGGACGAUUGGGCGCGGACGUGCACGCGGGCUUAAUCUUUACAGGUCCUCCGCUACGGGUUUGGAAAAUACUCCGCCAGGAACGACACGGCGGGGGAGGGGGCGACGCUCACGGAGUCUUCUACCUUCUUGGCACCCAAGAACUCCUCUGCGAGACAUCACUGCGGUUACGAGGGCAAUCCAGAGGAGGAGAGAACGCUUGGGAGAUAACGAGGGCCAGCAAACUGAGAGUCCAAAUCCUUCAGAUCAGUUGCUCUCUGAUCCUUCUAUUAUAGUGUCUAGUCCUCAACUCGAGCUUGGCACAUCAGUGAACUCUUCAAGUGCAGUUGUCGGUGUUAAACUCCAAACACCUUCUGCCGGUAAAGCGCCAAUGAUUUUACUUGAUAUUACAACAAGCAAGUCAGAAGGAGAAUCGGAACUUCUAACGCCUCAGAAGCAACUUCUAAACUCUAUUGACAAAGUUGAGGAAGUUGUUAGGGAGGAAUUACAGAAAUUUAGGAGAACGCCUACAGCAAAAAAGGCAGAGAGGGAAAAAAGAGUUCGUACAUUGAUGUCCAUGCGCUGAUUUUUGAAGCAUAUAACACUUGCAUUUGGAGUUAGGACUGCUUAGAUAUCUGAGAUCGGAACAGAAGGACAGCGAACCUCUGGUGCGAUCAAUCAUUAUCUGAUGAUAUCCUCCAGUUAGUUGUUUCAGAAGCUGAAAUUUGGUUCCCAGUUUGCUUGUAUCAGUUACUUUUGAAGCCUGGUUUAUUAGGUGUUAAAGAACUUUACUCUUACUUUUAGCGGAACGUCCUGAGCAGGACAAGUAAGCAUGUUGAUGUGUACUGGAGAUUAUUUGAUUUAAGGAUAGUGCAUCCCUUGUGCAUACUAGUUAUAGUGGCAGUUUCAACUGUUGAACUCAUGGAUAUUAUAUUCCUCCUAUUGGUUACCAAGUAUUAUGACGGCAAAAUUAUACA